AUGUGCUUCAUUGAAGACCCGGCUCCGGUGUACUUCUCCAAAUGCAGGCAUACCGUCCCCAUCCCUGAACAGCCAACACCUCGGAUGUGCGCCGAAGCGCAACAGCGAUCACCCCCAUCAUGGUGUCCUGAUCCUCCAAGGUCUACUUCCAAGGCAUCAAGCACGAACCGUAUAUAUCUCUGUCCAAAUUGCCGACUGAAAUGA